GAUAAAUGCACACACGAACAUUUCGCAAAUUUAUCUGACAGAUUUUUGAUAUACUUUUUGAUAAAUGCACACACGAACAUUUCUUACACAACUGCUAUUGUAGAUAAAAUUAUAACGCCCAGAGCAUCCAAGCGUCCACGGGUAGGCCUUUAGAGGAUGACGAUUCGUUCUCGGUAUGCUUCUUGAAGAGAAAAAAAUCAUUUAUUUAUGAUACAGCGCCGCUGGUCCUCGGCGUAAUAUUGACGGCAACCCGGCUGUGGAUAGCGAAGGGAGGCCUGUAAGCGUUUACACACAUAGGUGAAUGUAUGUAAGAAGUGCUCCAACUACAUCAAUACUAUGGACAAAUUCGGCAACAGCAUACAACCCCUGUUUAGUCCGAGCAAUAACUUCUCUCACGGAGUUCCGAUUCCACAUCGCUUGAAUGUAUUGACGUGCGCUGAACAAGCACUUAUAAGUCCAAUUCAGCCUGUCACGGCGCCACAUCUAUUGAAAUGGGGGACUUGGGCUGUGAAAGGACAUACGUCGUAUAUAGAUCGAAGUGACUCAAUCCGGGAAAUUGCGACAGUUCUACCUCGACGAGCGCAUGAGGUUGAAUCUGUAGCAUUAAAGCGACAGACUAAUCAGAAUACUGUAAAUAAUAGUGAUUUAAGAUGCCGUAGACCAUUUGUGUUACGUGCACUUAAAUGGCUUGUUGUGAACAGCCCAGCAUUCUAAGAUGUCACAAUAUCACUGGAGAAUCUUCAAACUUUACCUGAAGAUAGCCAGCUCGAUGUGUGUACUAUAGACGCAGCAGCGCUCGAUGACAGUGUAUCAGCAGAUGCAUGGCCAGCCCCAGAACAAUUGGCGACUGACGACAUGAACGGCGAAUCUAAUUGUGGUAUGGACGAAGAUGGUAAUGUGAUAGAAAUGGAUACCUCGGGAGUUGAAACUAGGAAUGCCGGCUGUGCCACAGGUUUUGCACAACGACAUAACGGUGGUUUAAAUAAACGUCUGGAUAUGAAUGCCACAUCAACUGACGGAGGCACUGAAAAUAUUCAGACCAUCAACCAACAUUUUGCUACGGAAUUUCUGGACGCAUCAAGGAUUGCAUACUUCGAAGGCAAAGCAGCUGAAUUUCAAAGACGUGCACCCCGAGAAAAGCAACUCAAACGGUGGGAGUGGUGUGCAUACCUGAUAAAUGCGCUAGACGGUCGAUAUGAGAAGCAUCCGACUUUCAAAUUUUCAAUGCAGAACAUAAAGGCACGACAGCACGGACGCCCCCGCUACCCUUGAAGAACUGCGUGAGCUACACGAAAGAAAACGCUUAAGUACCGCAAACAGCACAAAUAAUACAAGUACUGCAAAUUCUACCAAUGUUGGAGUGUAAACUACAUGAGCUACUACAGCGGCAACGGAGGGCAGAAUAUCACUGGACCAAUCUUCAUACCUGUUUGGCUAAACUGUUGAGGAUGUGGAAUCGAGACGAAGAAGCGGACCGUAUUGACCCGGCAUUAGAGACAGCAGGCGCUCGGCAGGUGCACGGUAUAUUACACGAUGACUCACAGGUUAUUUACAGGUACUUCGUACUCAAGUAUAAAGCCUGGCUGAAGUUAGUACUACAAGAAGGGUUGAGAAUCACUGACUGGUGGGCUAGGUACGAAUUCGAAAAAGUAGAGUUGCAAUCCAUCUGCAUUAUGCAAGCAUUGCUGUUCACGAAAAAAAUCCUAUCUAAUGCUAUAUUCUCUGUUGGAUGAAACACUUCGAGUAUGUGAAAUGCAUGUCGAGGAGGAUGCUGACCGACAGAUUCGAUCAUAUGUUGGAAUGAUAAAGAGAAGAUUGCAAGAACUGGAGGAAAAAACAGCUAGAGAAAUCAUAGACACAUUACCUCAUGUUCUGACCGAGAUAAAAGCACUGCAUCCUUUGGGACAGAGUUUUACAAGAAUAGCGUGAAGAUUGCCAGACUUUACGAGGAGGCAGGUACAGAGAACAAAACAGUCCCUACCCCGGAUUAAUCUGAGAGAAGGGCUAAGUUGAGCAAAUUGGCUUAUGAGCUUGUGCGUGGGGAGGAUGUUGCCGUAUCUGACAUAGGUAAUGUAGACGAAUGGCCAGGACAUGAGUAAAUUGCAAAAAUCCUAGUGGAUUUGAUGUGAUAUGGACCAAAAAGCUCGAAUAAUACAUAAAUCUCACAAAUACACGCAUGUAGCUCCUAUUGUCUGCGGAUAACAGGAAUGCAGAAGGCGUAGAAGAAUAUAGGUGUGAGUACUGUAUGUAUUUUAGUGUUGAAAAUAGGCAUGUAAAAGCACGUAGUGACGGUAGGCAAGUCUGCUCGAAAUCACGAGGUGUCACAGCACUAGAGUGCAAACGCGACCACCCUCGAGUCGUACAAGGCUAGAGACCUCGAGUCGUACAAGGCUAGAGA